AUCCGUUGGAUACAGCUAUAAACUUUAUGAUAUUUAUUUCAUUUUGGUAGUCUUCUGGGCUUGUAGUGUUAUAUAGUCAAUGCUACAAGCCGUAUCGUUGCGGUAAUGGUGUUCCCUCAGCCAAUAGAAUGCUCUCAUUUUGACCGUAUUAAAAAUACUGCAGCUGAAGCUGAAAUAAAAAUUCUGCGACCGUGCGACCAGGCAGGACAAGACCUUACAGACCUAGUGGCAGCUGAAGUGUUAUUUUAAUUUUAUUAUUAUUAUUGAUUAAAGGCCUACAUACAUUGAAACUAAGUUAAUUUUAAAUCUUAGAAAAGUUUAUUUUGGUCAUGUCAUCUAAUUUGAGAGCUGAAGAUGUUUUUAGUCGAGUUAGAGAUGAAUUAAAUAGAGAUAAAAUACAACUAUGGUUAGAUCCUUUUUAUGAUGAAAAAGAUGGUGUUGGAAUUAACCAGAAGCAAGCCCUCCAGGUCCUAAGUAAAAGAAUCAGCGAAAAAUUAAACAUAGAUGAAGGUCAGUGUUUACCUACACUGAUGGAACUUCAAAAUCAUGCUCUUGACCGCCUUAAAUCGAAUCAAAUCUUCAAAGAAUCUGGAAUUGCAAAUCUCAGGGUGAAAGUAUCCAGUGAUGUAUCGACAACUCUGUCAGUGGACAUCUUGUUGACAGUAAACACUGACGCUCUAAUUCAAGAAGUGGCAACAGCAACUCAUUUGCCUCAAGAAAGGAUCAAGUUAAUCUCUAGAGGGAGAGUAUUGAAGAAUUCUGAGACAUUGGCAGACCAAGGCAUCAAGAAUGGAACUCAAAUAAUGGCUGUAAUACUGGCUGUUGACAACAAUAAACUUAAGGAGGAUGAGAAACGUAUCAAAACUUUGGAAAAUACCAAGAAGGAUGUUGAGCUUCUUGCAGGAAGGAGCAAUAGUGCAAGCGGACAUUACUUGCAGAUUGAGAACCAAUCUGGAGAAAUAAUGAACUUGCCAUAUCAUGAACAGAAGGCCAUAGUUACUGCCAUGACUCUGCACGAAAAGGGACGUGCAGCUUUGAAGAAAAGGGACUUCUCACUCGCCUUGGUAUUAUUUCUAGAGGCUGACAAGAAGUACAGUGAAUGCACAUCUGAAUUGCUGAAAUCUGUUGACAAUUACGCACUACUGCAUUUGGACAUAGCGUGGUGCUACCUGUGUUUACGGAACCCAGCUCAGAUACCAGACGCAGACCAAAGACUGAGCAUGUGUGAACAAAACUUUCAUCGUACCUAUGGACCUAAUCUUGAACGCCUCAUCAUCAUAAAAGGAACCACAGGUAGUGAAGCAGCCUUGUUCAUGAGACUACAUCUGCUACAGGGAGUGGUGGCAUUUCAUCAAAACAAACGUUCCCAAGCACGAGCACUGCUUGAACGCGCUCAACAUGAACUUAAUGGACUGAAAGUGAAUGAUGAAAGUAUAUGCCUUCUACUUGAACUUGGUUAUUCAAGUUCUGAAGCUUUCAUCGCAUUAAGGUCAACACAGGGUAACGUAGAACUGGCUGAAGAGUUCAUCAAUCAGAGGCGCACUGAGAGGAAGAAUGCUCGAGAGAGAAACCGCUUGAAACUCCAAAAUGAAAGGGAGCGCAUAGCCCUCGGAUUAUGUGCCGACCAGAAGCAGUACUGUGAACCGGAGUUGGUAAAACAACUUGUAGCAAUGGGGUUCGACCGUCGGAGGUCCAUCUCAGCUCUAAAGCUGGCCAACAAUGUAUUAAGUGCAGCCAUUGACAUUCUGCAGUACCAGCCCCAUCUUCUGCCCUCCUGCUCCACAACUGUCCCUGAGGAACUGGUAGCUCAGGUGGUCAGCUUAGGAGUACCAGCUGAUAAGGCUCGAGAAGCUCUAUUGAAAAUGCCCCAACUGGAAGAAGCCAUCAGAAAAUUAAACAGUUUGAUCAGAGGUGAAGGUACGAAUGAAGCUCUAGCUGAGGCAAAUUCCUCAAUUGAAAAAAUUCUUGGGGAGUUUUGGAGUAAACGCAAAAGGAAACAGGAAGAAGAGCAACAAGCCUUUGACAGAGUUUCGGAAGAUUUGAUUGGAAAUGAUCUGACUGACGAUCAUUUGAACCUGAGUCUUGCUGAGGAAGAACAAUUUCUCAUUGAAUAUCUUUCUCUUCUUAAUUCUUAGUUUUACAAGAUUCCGAGGCAUUUGUACAUUUCUUUUAGAGAAGUUACUUUGAAAAAAUAAAUAUUUGUUUUCAAAGUU